UAAUGGGUUUUUACAUUUCAAAAGGAUUAGGCUCCUGAAUUUAUAUAAAAGGCCAGGCAGUUUGACAGGACAAUGACCUUGGGUAAAUGUUUUCUUUUUUCUGCCCCUCUGAUUUGCUCUGAUGAUCAGAGGGGUUGUUGAGAUGCCUGGAGUGGUCAGGGGUCAUCAAAGGGCAGCUGUCCACUAUAAAGGGGCCUGUCUGGAGCUUCGUCUGCACAUAGCAUCAUUUCAGCCUGAGACCAGCUGGAGGAAGGAAGGAGAUCUUGGCCUCUCUCUCUCUCUCUCUUUCAUUGUUGUUUGUGUAGAUUUUGUGAGUUUCAGUUAAAAUGAAGGCCAGAGUGCAGACAGUUUUCUGCACUUUCCUCCUCGGGUCUUUUGGAAUUGCUUUCUCCACUCAGGGGCACAGAUAUCAGACAGGCCUCGAGACCAGUUUAGCAUUCAGAAAUCUCUCAGUCAGUCAUCGUAGCAGAUACCCUCUGUAUAUGAUGCAGCUGUACCGCUCCUUCAGGUCUGCUGAUUCCUCAUUGCCAGUAGCUGUCAACACCAUCACUACACAAGGUGACAACUUGUCAGCGCACAGUUCUGACUCUGUCCUAAGUCUGAUGGCCAGAGGUUGCCAUCAAGUGGGUGAGAGAUGGACAGUCACAUUUGACAUGUCAACCAUUUCUACUAGUGAGCUUGUCCAGCUGGCAGAACUCCGGAUUGGACUGCCGGCUUUCUCUGCCUCUAAGCAUGCCACUGUGGAGUUAUAUCACUCCCGGAAGCAGAGCUGUGACCAGGGCAGCUCAUCAUGCCAGGAUGAGCAACUUUUCUUGGGGAGCUUUGACACAUCACCUAGCAGCACAAAGUCAUCCUGGAAGGUUUUUAAUGUGACUACUCUGUUAAAAUACUGGCUGUACCAAGGAGAUAGAGUGUCAAGCCAGGAGGCCUCAGGAGAGUCUGAGGCAGACCAUGGGAGUGGUGCUGGGGAGGAAGGGGAGAUAACUGGCAAGUCCCUCUUCAAGAAUUUGGGACUGAAGAAAAGAAAAACACACCAUCCAACCAUGAACCGGGUCAUGAUGGUCAUCUUCUCCAAACAUAACCUGCCUCAAGAGGGCCAUGCAGCCUACAGUCUCAUUCAUACUGUGGAGAACUCCAAGUAUGUAACUACAGACAGAGUCAGCAGUGACAGUCAAAGUCGACGCCACAAAAGGAACCGAAUGGAGAGGAUGAGAGUGGCCGGGGGACCUGCACCUACUGCUGCGCCAGCAGCAGAGCCGGUCCAGAGGCCGCUGUGUCGGAAGGUAGACAUGUGGGUGGACUUCGACCACAUUGGCUGGGAUGAGUGGAUAGUGCAUCCUAAGCGCUACAACGCAUAUCGCUGUGAGGGAGAGUGUCCUACACCACUGGAUGAGUCCUUCAAUCCCACCAACCAUGCAUACAUGCAGAGCCUCUUGCGACACCAUCAUCCAGAAAGAGUGACUUGCCCAUCCUGUGUGCCAACACGCCUCAGCCCGCUGUCCAUGCUUUACUACGAGAACGAUGAUUUGGCCCUGCGGCAUCACGAGGACAUGAUUGUUGAAGAGUGCGGCUGUCACUGAAGGCCCACCCAUCACUGGUUUCACUGCAGUCACAGGAGCAGUGUAGCAUAAUCUUGAACUUUUAAUUCAGCUGUUUCUUUUCUAUAAACAUUAAUGUUCAAAUAUUAAACUGAGAGUUCCUAGUCAUGGCCUUAUACAACAAAUAUUGACCAGAUAUGACUGUUAAGGUUGAAUGACUCAAAGUAUAUUUCAUCCAUACUGGGUGGUACACAAUAGUAUUUUCUAACUUUAGUAUGGAGUGAGCUCCAUUAUGCAAGUGUUAUAUGUUUUAUCUAUUUAUACAUUAUCAUGUAUAUUUUGUACAUAAAAUAUGUAAAAUAUAUUAAAACACUUUAUUUUGACAUAUGUGGUGUUUUAUGUUUAUGUAUAGUUUUUGAUUAUUGGUUACUUUGAUUUUCAGUUUGAAUGAACCCUAAAAUUUGUGAACCCUAAAAAUAUGU